AAGUAAUAGCGAACGAUAGUGUAAGUGUAGCCAGUGUAGCAUGGUGUAGCAUUAUCGCGAGGGUGGUGGUUGUUGAAUUAAGUUAAUUGUCAGCCGUAUGAAAAUAAUUGAACGCGUCCAAUCGUUCGAGGAAAAUCGUAAACAAAAAGAUCAUCGCUCAUAGAGCAAAAUGUUUCGCAGUUCGCAAAAUUUUGACAAAUUAUUGGACAAGGCCACGACUAAUUUGAAACUCGAACCGGACUGGAAUUCAGUAAUACAGAUUUGCGAUGCAAUUCGCCAGGGAGAUGUACAACCUAAAACAGCACUUGCAGCCAUCAAGAAGAAACUGUCGAAUUCAAAUCCGCACGUAGUUUUAUAUGCUUUAUUGGUUUUGGAAUCGUGUGUUAAAAAUUGCGGUACAUUGAUACACGAUGAAGUUGGUACUAAACAAUAUAUGGAACAGCUCAAAGAAUUAGUAAAGUCUACAUCGCACGAAGACGUUAGACUCAGAGUACUGGAGUUGAUACAAGCUUGGGCACACGCAUUUAGAAAUAUUCCUAAAUACAGAGCAGUGCAAGAUACGCUUAAUAUUUUGAAAACUGAAGGAUACUUCUUUCCUGCUCUGAAAGAAAGUGAUGCUAUGUUUGUCGCUAAUAUUGCUCCAGCAUGGGCUGAUGGCGAUGUCUGCCAUCGGUGCCGAACAGAGUUUGGGAUUAUGCAAAGGAAACACCAUUGCAGGGCAUGUGGUCAAGUAUUUUGUGCUCAGUGUUCAAGCAAAGUGUCCACUCUGCCCAAGUUUGGAAUUGAAAAGGAAGUCAGAGUCUGUGAAGCGUGUUAUGAACAAGUUAACAAGCCAUCCGCGCCCCAAAUUAAAGAAGCAGAUUUACCUGCUGAAUAUCUUAAGAGUCCUUUAUCUCAGCAACAACAAGUACCACCACGAAAAACGGCAGCAGAAUUGCAAGAGGAAGAAGAACUUAAUCUUGCUAUAGCUCUAAGCCAAAGCGAAGCAGAGCACCAAGAGAAAGAAAAGAAACGUAGUACUCGAACUGGAAAAAUAACCGCGCCUAGCUCGAGACCCAUAAGAGCAUCUUCGCCGCCGCCAUCACCUCAAGAAGAAAACGAGGUUGAUCCCGAGCUAGCAAAGUAUUUAAAUCGCAAACGUUGGGAAUUGAGACAAAGUGCGCUAGAAGAGCAGCAGCAUGGCUCUAGAGUGGAUGUUACAAGCCCUUCUGCUCCUAACAUUGGCAGUCCGAUGCCACAGAAAGUUAUCAUCGCGAAACAGCAGAACGGAGAAGUUGAUACUCAGAUGGAAGAAUUUGUCGCUGCUUUGCGUUCCCAAGUAGAAAUUUUCGUUAAUAGAAUGAAGAGCAAUUCGUCGAGGGGCAGAUCGAUUGCCAACGAUAGUUCUGUGCAAACUUUGUUCUUGAACAUUACUGCCAUGCAUUCAAGAUUACUGAAAUACAUUCAAGAACAGGAUGAUAGUAGAGUCUAUUACGAGGGGCUUCAAGAUAAAUUGACUCAGAUCAAGGAUGCUAGAGCUGCGCUGGACGCGUUGCGAGAUGAACAUAAGGAGAAAUUAAGGAGACAGGCGGAGGAAGCGGAAAGACAGAGGCAAAUGUUGAUGGCACAGAAGUUAGCGAUUAUGCGAAAGAAGAAACAGGAGUAUCUGCAGUACCAACGUCAGCUUGCUCUCCAAAAGAUUCAGGAACAGGAGAGAGAAAUGCAAAUGAGACAAGAACAACAGAAGCAACAGUAUAUAAUGGGUGGCUAUCAAGCUGUGUCUGGAUUUAUGGGACAGUCUCAGGGUUCGCCGGUUCGUCACGUUCAGUAUCAAACACCAGGAACUACCUACAAUCCUAUGUCGCCCACAAAUCAAGGAUACAUGUACGGGCAACCAACGAUGAAGCAAUAUCCUAUGCAACCAUAUAACAUGCCACCUCAUGUCAUAGGACCAAUGCCUAAUCAAGAGCAACAACCGACUGAUCCUUCUGUUCCAGGACAAAUGAAGACAAUGAUGUCUCAAAUUCAAACUCCUGUACCGCAUCUUCAGCAGACAGGUGGACAUCAAAUGGGACCACCGCCAUCGCAACAAGGUCCCUCUCCGAGUCAUAUGACGCAAUCGCAGCCGACACCGGCACAUAUGCCACCGCAACAGGGUGGCCCGCAAAUUACACAACCGGGACCACUGAAUCAAAUGGGUAUGCUUCAGGGUCAUAUGGGCCCUGCGUCUGCACAAAUGGCACCUCCUGGAGCUCACGGACCUCCGGGGCAAGUGGUCAUGCCAAUGGGUCCGCAACAACAAUCGACGAUUCCGGUAGUUCAAGGGCCAGCGUCCAUGCAACCUCACAUUUCGAAUACUCCGAUUUCAUCCCAGGGGUCUGCCACCAUUCAAGUGCCUCCGGGAACCACGACUGUAUCAAUGUUACCAUCGAAUCCGACAAUACCAGGCCCUCAAGGACCGCCUGGUAUUGCGACGAUACCAGGCAUGGCACAGGUUCCGGUAUCUCAAGCUCAACAGAUGCAAUAUCAAUCGCAGACCACUACACCGGCUGCACCGAACGAGUCGCAGCAGCAAUCGAAAGAAGAGACUAAACCUGAAACAGCUGAACUGAUUUCCUUCGAUUGAAAGAAUUACGCGUGCUAACUCAGACUAAGAAGUGAAUUUAAGGUAAUCAUUUAAAUUGGCAUUUAGGUUCUUUUGAUUUCGUGAUGAAAUUUUAUAUGUUUUAACGAAUGAUAUACUUUUUAAACUAUUGUACACAGUUCAGUAAUAUUAAUUCGAACUGUGCUACAUUUACUUAAAACAAUAAUGUUUUUGGGAUAUAAUAGAAAGAAACAGUUAUCUCAUUGUUGGUAUUUAUUUUUCGUGUUACAGAAAUUUCCAACAAUAUAUACAUAAAUUAAAUACAAGACUUUGUUGCAUAGUUAUGGAACAUGUAUCUGGUGAAAGGUCGUUUAUUAUUUUUGAAUAGUAAAAACAUACAGUUUAGGUGUAUACGCGUCUAGGCUCGAUGUAUGUACAAAAUAUUUAUGUUACAUAGUGUAAAGAAACAAAAGGAAACGAAGUUUACCUAUACCUUUAACUGGAUAUAUAACAUGUUCUUUUUUACAAGAUUGA